AUGGCAAAAAAUGGGAGCAAAUGUCAUCUGGGAGAUUUCAUCUUCCUCGUGGUGCUGGGCAAGGGCAGCUUCGGCAAGGUGAUGCUGGCGGAGCGCAGGGGCUCGGCCGAGCUCUUUGCCAUCAAGAUCCUGAAGAAGGACGUGGUGGUGCAGGACGACGACGCCGCCUCCACCCUGGUGGAGAGGAGGGUGCUGGCCCUGGGACCCCGGCCCCACUUCCUGACGCACCUGCGCUCCACCUUCCAGACCCCCGACCGGCUGUACUUCGUGAUGGAGUACGUCACCGGGGGCGACCUCAUGUACCACAUCCAGCAGGUCGGCAAGUUCAAGGAGCCCCACGCGGCGUGA